AUGACAAGGAAGAGCCGAAAUUAUGAAAUCCCUGCAGGUACUCUGCUAGGGAAGACUGUCGUCGUAACCGGAGCUAACUUUGGCAUUGGAAAGAGUAUAGCGCUUAAUUGUGCUUUAAAUGGAGCAAAAGUGAUUUUGGCAUGCCGUUCCAUUGAACGUGCAACUGUAGCCAAAGAAGAGAUUGAGAAAAUUGUCUCUGAAAGGCAAGGCACUGGAACUGUCGAGAUUAUGCAAGUCGACAUCUCAAACAUGGAAUCCGUCAGGAUGUUUGCCAAGGCAUUUCUGGAACGGAGGGAGCCGCUGCAUGUUCUCGUAAAUAACGCAGGACUGGUUCAGGCGAAGAACACAAAGACCUCGGAGGGCUUUGAGCUCCAUUUCUCUUUGGCUCUGGGGCAUUUCUUGCUCUCAGUGCUACUGAUACCUGCUCUGAGGUCUGGAAGUAUGGCCGGAUCACCCUCUAGAAUAGUAACCAUGGCAAGUUCAUACCACCGAGGAGCAUUCUCUGUACCAGAGAAGCGAGUAUUUGGUGAUAAAGUCAGAACGUGGGAGUUCAAGUUGGAAGCUUUACAGGCAUAUGCACGAUCAAAACUGGCGAAUAUUCACUAUUCGAGGGUGCUCGGUGACAAGCUGAAGAGCACCGGUAUCCAUACAUAUGCCUUGCAUCCCGGCCACGUUGCAUCAGGUAUAUGGCAGGAGUUGCCGCGGCCGUUUAGGUGGCUUGUACCAUUUGUGAUGCUAUCAGAGGAGCAGGGAGCUGCUACGGCGCUGUACUGUGCCACAUCACCAGACUGUGCAAAGGACACGUCUAAAUAUUAUCGCUUCUGUGCGCUGGGAACUCCCUCUAGCUCUGGAUCUAGUGAAACAAAGGCAGCGGAUUUGGUAGAGAAGUCGUUAAAGUGGUUGACACUGGACUACGGAGUAUUUGGGAAUCUGUCACAAGCUAUACACACUGCACCUGGGACGCCAAUCUCAGACGCCAACAAUUUGAACAGUGGAAGAAAGCUAGACAGAACAGCCCGUGCUUCAAUGGAUCAACGAAACGAGUCACGAUAUCAAGAUUCGCUCGAUAAGGACGUUAGCGCAUUUGUACAGUACUUGCUGGAGGGAUCUGGAUCAGAACGAAACGUGGACUACUCGGCCAUCAAAAACAUACUGCAGAGAGAUGCUGGCGGAACCACAGAUAUGAGCUUCAAGGCUACCAUGGGCUCAGAUAUGAGCCCUAGUGAUGCAUGGAGGCAGCAAACUCGCUCCGUCAGUCCUCAUCUUUCUGAGUCUGUAGCUAGUGAUCUCGUGACACAGAGAUUUCGUGAACGCAGUAACUACACGAGUGCUCGUGAGAGCAUUGCUGAUCCACGAUCACGAGUCUCUACCAUGCUGCCGAGAUCUAAUAGUGCUGCUUCCUCCACGUCAGAAUUAAUGAGAGUCGCUCGAGAAGCAAUUGCUGAAGAAGUAGAGUUACGAAAGCUACGAAGUCAACCGUCGAAUAAUGAUAUGAAUGCUCCCAUAUCUCCGGAUGAGCCUGGGACUCCACGUCCACGACCAGCAAGUCGACCAUACCAUACCCCACUUGAAAAGCAACUAUCUGGAUCAUCACAAGCGAGUGGAUUUGCUUCUGGGUCUGGCCCAACUACAGCAAUCAAGAUAGGCAGUAAUUCAGAUCAGAAAGGAAGCUCUAAUAGCAAACGAGACUUGUUUGGUGCUCCAGAUACCAUACAAUCAUCGAGUCGUGAAAGUCAGGUCCCUCAACCUAAUUCGCUACAGCCUCUGUCGCAAGCAUUAAUGAAUGUUGGAAUGCCUACCUUACAUCCGUGCCUGCUAUAUGCUCCCACUAUAAGAUAUCCAUCAUCCUCUCCGCUGUCUGAAAAACAACAGGAGGCUAUAAGAGAUGUCAUCAAGGGCUUAAUGAACGAUUUGGAGAGGCGCGAGGAGACUGUGCAGACUCUCUUGUCGCGUCUCAACGAGAUGGAGGAAAGGAGUCUCCUUUGGGAAGACCGGGCUUGGUCAACUGAACAGAAGAGAAUGGAAGAAAUCGGUACGGAUUCUUAUGCUCUAGAGACGCUAAAAGAUGAAUUAAAGAGUAAAAGCAUGGAAGCCACCAGAUUUGCUGUAGAAUUAGCCUCAACACGAUCUGACCUAGAUGCCUCGCGAAAUCAAGCCGAGACAUUGAAGAGGCGGUUAGCAAACGAGGAGGCUGAAAGUGAAAAUCUUCGUUUUGAACUCGCUAGCAUGAAGGAGCAGGCCGAAAGGACUCGAAGCAGAAACGAACGCACAUUUGCAGCAAUCACAUCCCAAUAUCGUCGAGACCCCUCAAAGAGUGGUCUAGAUCGGCUCACUUUGGAAGUGAUUGAAGUCUAUGAACGGAAGCUGUUGGCUCUCGAAGAGGAGAACUCUACUUUGAGAUCGAAUGCUAGAAGCCAUCAAGGCCAGUCCAUCCCUCGAGAUGCUGAACAGAGGCUAGUCGAUAUCAAUGAUGAAAUAUCACGUCUCAAGCACAGAACACAGGUUUUGGAUACCAAAGUCUCAGAAGAUGAAGCCUUCUUGAGAAUGGAAAGUGCCAUGUCAGAGCAAAUCAGUGAGUUAAAGGAACAAUUGGCAGAAACACGAGACGAAUUGGUGGAUGCUCGUCGUGAGGCCGACUUGUUACGUCUCAAGAUGUUGGCCAUGAAGGACUAUGGAGAAGUCGUUGAAAAGGAUUCCAAUCCUUCACCAAAGGCUACAUCGACGAGAGCUCUGAUACGACGACAUAAGAAGGCAUGGAAACUGAAACUAUACAAGAUUGACGCAAUGGGUCCUGAUGAAUCGCGUGAUUUGCUCAAAGAUAUCUGUGUCAAGCUGAAUAUCAACGAUAUUGAUAAACUUUUAGCAUCCGUUGACACUGUCGACCAAGUGGUGAAAUUAGUACCACAGAUGCAAAGAUUCAUCGAAGCCGUGGAUACGAUUGUUUGGAGGGCUUAUGUCAAAACGAAUGGUGUCAAGCAUCAGCCUCACAAGUUAUCUGAAACGUUGGCGCACCUUGAACGCUGGAGCUCAGUUUCAGGAGAUAUUGAUGUUCUGAGGGAUUUCCGAGAACGUAUUUUGUCGCAUUUGAGAAUCGAAGAGUCGCCUCAGAGCACAAUGCAGUGUAUGGAAUUGCUUCGACGCAUGUCGAUCAAUGCUAAUGCUGCUGGCAGUGGGCGGAGUGAUGAACCAACACCGGAUCAGCUAGUAAAGCACUUUAGAGAUCUAUUUGAAGUUGAUUCCCAGAAUGAUGUCUAUACACGUAUCAAUGAAUUGUACGUGUUUUCAGCAGAGGUUCAAAAAGGACUUAGAAAUCUGGCAGAAGCUCUUAAAGCACCCUCGUCGCUUUCGCCUGGAGGUCUUCUGGCUCGAGCUGUCGAAGCCAAUCGCGUGAACGACCAACCUACUCCAGCAAAUGAAGAAGAAUCAGAUUUCAAACUGCAUAGCUCAAGCGAUGAUGAAGGAGUAGAUAGAGAAGACGAGGAAGACCAUUACCAUGAUGUGGAUAUUGGUAUAGAAGAUGAAGUUCCAUCAAGUUGGAGACCCUUGGCGUCAACUUUGAGUGGACUUGAACGUUUGCUGGGUCGAAAAGAAGUUUAG